AUGGUCCGCAAACUCAAGUACCACGAGCAGAAGUUGCUGAAGAAGGUUGACUUCACCACCUACAAGAGCGACAACAAUCACCGCCAGGCUGCCGUCGUACGGAGAUACCAUAUCCAAAAGCCCGAUGACUAUCGAAAAUACAGCCAACUGUGCGGCUCUCUACGGCAACUUGCGCAUCGGCUCGCCAACCUCGAACCCUCCGAUCCCUUCCGCCGCAAACAUGAGGACUUGCUGCUCGAGAAGCUCCACGACAUGGGCAUACUAGGUACGGGUGGAGGAGGCAAAGGAAAGCUCAGUGAUGUCGAACACAAAGUUACUGUCAGCGCUUUUGCGAGGCGGAGGUUACCUGUUGUGAUGACGAGGUUACGGAUGGCGGACACAGUGCAAGCGGCGACGAAAUUCAUAGAGCAGGGACAUGUGAGGGUCGGCACAGAAGUCGUCACGGAUACGGCGUACUUGGUGACGAGAAACAUGGAGGAUUUCGUUACCUGGGUCGAUUCAUCAAAGAUCAAGAGGAACAUUAUGAAAUACAGGGACAAACUGGAUGAUUUUGAGCUGGAGGCAAUCUAG